AUGUUUGCGGAAGAGGCCUCCGGCUUGCUCGUGCGUAGGGAAAGGCCGGAGCUCAGGUACCUGGGAUCCACCGGCAGCGUGGAUGGCGUCAACCUCUGCGUGGCCUCGCCACUCGGCCAGUCUGAGGCCACCUACUGGUCGAAGGAGCGUGGGGAGCCCCUCGAAGAGUCCGUGCGCCAACGGCUUGGUUGGGGCGACUCGCUGCCGGUUUUCCUUCGGCACCAGUCCUUCUUCGUGCGCUGUGGCUCCAGUCUUCUUUACAGGCCGGGCGGAUACGACUUCACAUCUCUACCCAUCGAUGUCAACGCUUCCGAGGUGGAGGGCGGGCUGCUUUUCACCGAGAUCUUCCAGGACGACUACUUCGAGCUCAACACCAUGAACCCGGUCCUACAGGAGCUCUACACGAACCUCCUGAAGUAUUGGAUUGCCGAAGUGGACAUCGACGGCUACCGGAUCACGGCGGCCUCACACAUCACAGCGGACUUCUCGGCGUACCUGUCCACACACUUGCGCUUCUACGCUGCCGCCUUGGGGAAAGAGAACUUCUUCGUGGUGGGCGAAGUCAACCAGGCCACGACUCCCUAUGGAGGCAGCCACAUCGGACGCGUGCAGCCGGGAACUGGACCCGCCACUCUGCCCCAGAAGGUGCAGGGCACCCUCGAGGAGCUCUGCCAGUACUACAGCGCCUUGCCCGAGCAGGUUCCUGGCUUUCUCUCUACUUACCCGCUCCAGGAGGUCUACCAGCUGCGUGACACGUGCCUGGGUACCGGCUGGAACGCCAUGGACCUCUACCAGCAGCCAGGAGCUGCCAAAGCAGUCAGAAAGGCCCGAGACACCCUCAAGGCACAGGGGGAUAUGCGGCUUUCCAUGGCGGCGGUCGAGCCUGCCUAUUGCAACUUGUGCCUGUUCCAGUACCGCAAGAUGCGAGAUUGCAACUUGUGCCUGGGGACCUCCUCUGGGCACGGCCACAGAAUUCCUAAAGGGCAGACACAAAGUGUGUGUGGGUUGACGAAGAUAAGUUCCUACUUUUUCCGCAACUCCAAGCAUCUCCGACCCAGCUACGUGGCCAAAAUUGCCCACGGGACCUCUGAAGCUGACGCCAAGCGGCAGGUCAAGGGGGCUGUCAGCAAAACAAGCAAGCUCAAGAAGCAGGAGGCGAAGAUGCUGAAAGCCAAGGAAAAACACGAAGAAGAAGAAGAAGAAGAAGAAGAAGAGGAGCAACAGCUGCAUUAG